CUGCAGCUGUUGUAACUUCAUGGCAGGCGAUACAGGGCGGACAGCACAUUCUCCGACUACAACGAAAUUGAUUUAAAGGGAUGCAUGUUUUCUUUCUCUUAGAGAAGACGGAUACAAAUUGUCUAAAGGAGCAUAAAUGGUAAAAGAUGAAUCCUUACGGGGUUGAUGACUAAAUGUUGAGGCCGAGCUGAUUAGAAGCUGAGGUGGAUAGCGCACGCAGCAAUUUUUCUGCGUAAUUCGCAGCCAGAAUUGAGAUUUGACAGACAGAAGAUACGGUGCGACUAUACGCAUUAUGCGUAGGAAACGAUCGCAAAACAUUUUCUGGAUCUUGUUUCGGCGUUGAGAAUACCAAAGAUAUUUAUAACUAAACCUUGUUCUAUGGCUGUGAAUGUCAGUGACUACAUAUGAUCACAUUUCCUCCUCAUCAGGCUAAUGGUAGCCGCAGUGAGGGGCGAGGAGCGAGAGUAACCAAACCCGGAGGAUUUCAGACAGUUGGAAUCGAAUGCUGCUCUAUCAAAAUGUAUCACAUUAAACGGAUGACAACUUCCAAACAAAUCUACAGCAAACUUUCAGCGCUGAUAUGAAGCUGGGGUUUAAAUAAGAUUUUUGAAACUGUCCGAGAACUGACACAAAAUACAGGUGCAAACUGAUCAGCUGGUUUGUUGAAAUGACUCGGUCAGCGCUGACGCUGUCUGAUGGAUCAAACUGCAUAGCCAAAUGCCAUUUUACUUUGCAGCGACUUGACGUUUGGACCUCCAACACAUUGGGUCAGUUGUCUAGCUAGAAGUUCGGAUGAAAGUAAACAUCUGGUGCAAUGUUAAGCUACAUGGUCCGAAGCGUAAUGUACUAUUCGUGCUAAAGCGUAUGGGUCCUGCGUACUCAAGCUCCCGACUCCCACACAAAAAGGAUUCUCUGUGAUGCUGGGGGUGCAGUGCAGUCACAGCUCCACAUCUGGCUACUUGCUGUCUAGUUAACUAGCUAGUUAGCUAGCUAACUGUCUCAGAAACUCUGUGGUGUUUCUGUUGGGUAGUUAGUGAAUUAGUUCCUGUGUCUUUCGAGAGAAAGAUUGCUUUGUGAAAUCACUUCGGUGGUUAUCGUGUUCCGAAGAAGGGGCCUGUAUUUUGGACAAUAUCUGAGAUCGAUCGAAACGUUUGAAGUGGUCCACAGCUGUCUUCUUAAGGAAAACACUUAAGGAUUUUGCGUAAGGCACGUAUUUUUUUAAAGGCAAUGAUAGGGUGACAUUGCAGUCUCUUUACAUCGAAUAUAACGUCGUCCGAUAAAAAAGGGAAAGUGGGGCAUUGUCCAUCAUACGUAUUAACGCAGUGGGAUUUUUACGUCUGGUCGGCGUUUCCCCCCCACCCCUCCCGCGUUGACGGUGAUGGGUCGGAAGCGGUGUGUCGGUGCAGAUUGUUCCAAGAUGGCGGCUGGGUGCUGCGGGGUGAAGAAGCAGAAGCUGUCGGGAACCCCCGGGUCGGGGGGUCCUGGCGGGGCGGGAAACGGGGUGGUAGGGACCGGACAUUGUGGCUCGGACUUGGGGAUUGGUUCCUCCUCGACUGUGGUGGCAGGGAAUAUGAAUCGAGUGAACGGCCUGGGGGGUCCUGGGGGUAGUAGCAGUAGCACCAACGCGUUGUCCCCAGCCCCUGGAGGCUACAACUCAACUGGCCUCUCCCCGAAUCUUAGCCCGGGAUGUGGUUCGGGAAGUGGAGGCAGGAAGAUGGUUGUUUCGGCGGAGAUGUGCUGCUUCUGUUUCGACGUGCUUUAUUGCCAUCUGUAUGGAUACCAACCUCCCCGAACACCCAGGUUUACAAACGAUCCCUACCCGCUGUUUGUCACAUGGAAAAUAGGCAGAGACAAGCGGUUGAGGGGAUGUAUAGGUACAUUUUCUGCCAUGAACCUGCACUCAGGACUCAGGGAGUACACCCUUACCAGUGCCCUUAAAGACAGCCGUUUUCCCUCCAUGACGAGGGACGAGCUGCCACGCCUCUUCUGCUCAGUGUCUCUGCUCACCAACUUCGAGGACGUCGGUGAUUACCUUGACUGGGAGGUGGGUGUUCAUGGCAUUAGGAUAGAGUUUUUCAAUGAAAAAGGAUCAAAGCGCACCGCCACCUACCUACCAGAGGUCGCAAAAGAGCAAGGAUGGGACCACAUUCAGACCAUAGAUUCCUUACUACGAAAGGGAGGCUACAAAGCUCCCAUCACAAAUGACUUCAGGAAGACCAUUAAGUUGACCAGGUACCGUAGCGAGAAGAUGACGAUGAGCUAUGCGGAGUACAUCGCCCACCGCCAGCACCAUCACUACCAGAAUGGCACCGGGCACCCUCUACCCCCAUACAACCAUUAUUCCUGACAGCGUGCCGCAUGACCAAUCACUGAACCUCUCUGCGGACCUUUUCCCAGGAGAGCCCGCCCCCUCCUGGUCUAGCUAUCUCUACUACUGUACCAUUUUAUGAUGAUAGUUUCCGUUGCCAUGCUGACGCUCUCCCAGACGUUGACGUGGCAACGGGUGGCAAAAUAAGCAUAAAUUGAUAAUGACGAGAGAAAAACUAAACUAUUUUCCUUUUUAUCCUCCUAUUGAUUUAGUUUUUGCAGCAUAUAUAUCGAUAUCUAUAACCCCUUUCCUUCAUAUUUUUGACAAGUAAACAAAUACUAGAUUUUCUUAAACCUUUAUUCUUUUCAAACAAUCCUAAUCAGGUUUUUGAUUCUGUGGAUGGAUGCAAGUCAUAUAUGGUGGACUAGUCUUGCAUAAUGGUAUAUGCUCAUAUUUUGUGUAGGCUUUUCUACAGUGUUCCCUUCUAUUAGGAAAAUGUGUUUCUGUUUUUCUGUUUAAUCCUUUCUUAGUAGCCAGAUUGACAUUAUGUGUAUCAUGUAGCAAGCCAUCAGCAGAUCUGGAAGGUUGCAUCUUUUCCUCAAUUUUGCGAUUCCUCUCAAAGUAUUGAAUGUUAAGGUUGGUUUGGUCUUUGUAAACUGUUGUAGUGAUGUAAUUGAGUAGGUGUUGGGACUUGUAUACCCAAUAUUUUACAUUGUAGGGUUGUGAUGCCACGUGACCAAUAUUAGCUGGUCUUUAUUGCGUUACCCCACAAACGUGUUUGCUUUUCUGUGUGUGGUUAGAAGUUUGUUGUUAAGUGCACAUCUGACAGGAGAUUGAAACCGCUAGAUUAAAUUAGGAAUAGGAUCAUGCCAAAAUAUUUCCCAUGAUGCUUGACAGAGCCGGUUAUUUUCACCCGAGUGGUCAUGGUGUUUUUGAUGAACACUUCUAAACUUUAAUUGAAUUUGUUCGGCUCCAUCUCAGUUAUUUUCUCCCUCUCUUCCCCCUGUAGAUCACAUUAAUUCCUCGCCUGAUUCACAGAGACAAAGAACAGAUAACCUAAUUUGAAGCUAAAAUGGCUUCCUCCAUACAUUUCUCAAGUUUGAACUUGGUUGGGUUGGAGAGUUGACUAUAGAGUGCAGAUAGAUAAUGAUCCAAGUCAUUGCCCUCUGAAAAAUACCUUCAUCCUGUUAUUCCAUGCCUGUUGGUUUGAGGAAAAACCAAUGAAUGAGACUUGAGUCUAGUGACAGGGACAUGCUAAAACUAAAAGCCAUAUUCUAUUUUUAAUGCAUGCUUUGUAAUAGUGGUUGGCUUGAGCUGUUUGCUUUUCUCCGCUCUAAUAUGUAACCUCUCUGUGUUUACUUCCUCUACGAGUCAACUUUAUUCUGGUGGCUUUGGUCACAAAAGUUGGGUUUCCCCUCAGAUUGUGCUCUGUGCUUGGUCCUGGUUAGGAAUCUGGGCCUGUGAGACAUGAUCUGUCCUUUCUCUAGUUACUCUGUGAACAUGGGUUAGCAUCAGGGUUUGAACUCUUUUGUCCUGUUUCUGGCCUCCUCACCUCAACUAGUUCGAUACCAUUUUAACUGAAGCUCGUGGCCACAAUGACACUUAAUUUUGCUUGAUGUAGUCAAUGUUUACAUCCACAUGUGGCGUUACAUUCUUGAUGACUGACAGUUGCCAUAGUUGUGCACUUUCAUGUGCUCUUGUCAAAUGUUAGGAGCUGCUGUGGAGGCUACUGGAGUUAGUAUCUAGCUAACGUUAAACCUCUGGCACUGAUCAUCGUCGGUUGAGUUGUUCAAAUCACCCCUCCAUUAUUUCUUCUUCAUGACAUGCUGCUGUUCGUUGAGGGGCUUGCUGUUUUCAGGACCAGUUACUCCCCAUCUCUGUGCCACUAGAAACCAUGCAGAGGUUGUUGGUCUGUCUUGUCAGCUGGUUUGCAGCAGGUUUUGGCAGACUGGUGAGUUGGUUGGAACAGAUGUAGAGGGAAUUGGUAAAGGGUGAUCAAGCUGCAUUCAAUCAAUCCUUACAUAAAGAGCCAGGGCUUUUAAAGGAGCAGUGAUGCCAUUUCCUCUUCAAGUAUACCUUAUUGUCAGUCACAUCCACGCCCAGUAGUUGGUGUGUUUUAACAAGUGUAGUUGAGGAUUAUCUCGUGACCUCUGUGUAGUGUACAGGAUUUGAUCAUCAGCAUUUGAUUUUAGUUUUGUGAGGUGACUGACAGUUUUGAGAGGUGCUUGUAAAAAAAUACUUCUUUUCGGAACAGCCUUUACCAACUGAUAGUAGGGAUAAUCAUUUAUUUAAUUUUUAUAUGCAAAAUGUUAAGGGCUUUUGGCACUCCAUCCACAGUAACCCAGAAUGACCCAAAUUUCAGUUGUGUUGCCUUAAUGAAUGAUUAAAUAAAUGUGGACCGGUAAAAUGGUGCCCUGAGUGUUCCUCUGUCCCGUACUGUACUGUUGUCUAACCCUGACCUCAACCUACAGGGCAGUGAAGGUGAACCUGAUUCACCCUCAGAUAGACACAUUAUCGUAGUGGGAGGCAGAUGGGAAACUUUGUUAUGGUCAGACAGGCUACUUCAUUAAUAUAGCCUAGUGUAGAAGUGGUUCAGAUGAUAAUGUGAAAAUAGGCUAAUCUCCCCUGUUCACUGUGGUUCCCUGCUCAGAGAUUGGAUGGCAUUUCCAUCAUAUCCUCUUGGGGUCAGGGAACUGAUGCCUCAGACCAUGCUGCUCAGUAAUAUUGACAGGAUAAAGUAGGCCUACUUAAAGAGAUGUUUUCGCCUAGUAGGUUGUCACAAUAACAGUUUUCAGAGGACUGCAGGAAAAGCUAUCCUUGCUGCUGAACAGUCAGGUACCCAUUUUCUGGUCCAUUAAAUACAGCACAACCUGACAAUUUUUCUGGACAUGCUGCAAGACCAAGUCCACCACUGUCUUUUACAUACUUGCCGAUAUAUGUAUACACAAAUGCAAUCCAUUCUGUUGCCUGUGUGUAUGUGUAUAAAACAUGUAGUAUGGUUUAAUCCAUGACAUGCUUGAUCUACGGUUUAGAGACUCGUAUAACUCAUAAAAAAAGAGACAAAUAAAUAAAAUGGUGCUAUUGGACCUCAUGUUGGGGCGGUCGCGGGUUUUCGUGACUGGUCAUGCGGACUCAUCGAUCAUAUCCGACUUAUCCUUGAUAUAUGCAGAUCUGUUCAACAGGUGUUUUUUUCCUACCAGUGUAAGUCAACACCCUGCAGGUUUGAAAGGACAAGAAGUCCCAACUAACCCCCCUCCUCCCUUCUCUACCCCCAACUCCAUGCCUCAUGGCCUGGGGGUUAAAGGUGAAAUCUGUCGUUCAGUAGAUGGUGGCAUCAGAAGGGAACGUUCUCUCCUGCGCUGGGACAGUAAAGAGUUGGAGUGAAUAGGGCUGUCACCCCUACGCUCUCCAGCCACUCCAUCGUAGGCCCUUUCUCUGCCCAGCCCACGACUGGAUGUUCCAACAACACUUAAUGUUUUACCUCUGUGUUUAAAUAUAGUUUUUACAGCUGUCCUGUAUCCUUUACUCAUCCAUGGGGUUAAUUAACUGCUUAAAGGAAAGGUUAUCUGACUGAACGCUCAACUCUGGCUCUUACAAACUGCCUCAAAGGAAGUCUAGCGUUUUAGCCUUCUUGAAUAUUGUCAUGCAUGUACAGUAAGCCUCUAACAGUGGUUUCUUUAAGCUAAAGACCAUGUUACGACUUGGCUGGACAGGAGGGUGGAUUUAGUUGGCAGGUUUAGUGAAAGCCAGAUGAGUGAUUGCUGACGUCAUGAGGAUGCUCACAUAGUUAUUGUAUGACGUUUGACUGAGACUAUUCGUUGCCAUUAAUGAAUCGCACUUCAUACAGUAAGUAUAUCAGAGGAGCCUGGUGGGAGGAGCUAUUGGAAGAUGGGCUCAUUGCAAUGGCUGGAAUGGAAUAAGUGAUGCUAUCAAACAUAUAGAAACCACGUUUGACAAUGAGCCCGUCCUCCUAUAGCUCCUCCCACCAGCCGCCUCUGAAGUAUAUGUUUCACAUGGAAAUGACUGAACCUUGUCCUUUUUACCUCGAGUCAAGGUUCAUGAAUACCAGUUAAUUUCAGUCAAAUGUGAUGUGAUUCUGACUUUGCUCAUUUGCAACACACCUCUGCCCAUGGACGAGAGAUCAUUGUUCAUACUGACACAACUGGGAUAAUGUUAAAGACAAUGUCAUUUAGUUCCAUUUCUCAUACUGACACAACUAGGAUAAUGUUAAAGACAGAAAGUCAUUUGGUUCCAUACCAGGGUUAGGGUUUACUCUCAGCAUUGCAUUGUGGAAUGCUUAAGCUCAUAUUACCUUUUGUAUGUUCGACCGAACCAAAGAUGCCUCUGGCCAUGUCCUCAUGCUGCUCUUCAGGCCUGGCUUCCUGUCCUUCCAAAAAACACCCCUGCAAGAGACAAAAUGACUUUUUUUCAUCUGUUUCUUUUUUUGUACGAUUUCUAAUGUAUUUUGAUUUCUUUAGCAACUGCUUAUUCAAUGAAUUUUCAUUGAUUCUGUCUGAAGCCUUACCAGGCAUCAAGGAUAGUGAAAUUACCUGGUUGCAGUUUAUUUCGUCACUGGUUUUCACAUUUAUUAUAAUUUGUGUAACAAAAAAUACAACCCCAUAGCGUGCCUCCUAGAUUUAUGGGUUUCUAUGUUUUUUCCCAAAGACCAGCAGUUAUACUUUAUAUAUGAAAAAGCCUCUUUUCUUUACUCUGGACCCAGUAGCUGCACUGGUAUACAAUCGCACUGAUAUACAAAUAAAUGAAUCAUAUAAUAAAAUAACUACAAACUUUUAUAAGAAAAUGUACUUUAAGAAGAAAAAAACUUUUUUGUACAUUAUAAAUUCUGUUAAAAAAAAUAUUUUGGAUCUAGUUUCUAAAUUAUUUUAGUGGUUUUCUAUGUUCAGAAAAUUUGAGAAACCGAGAUGUCGCUGUGCAGAGUGACAGUCUCUGCUGUGGUGGCAUGACGGGAUGUGGGGUUGCCUGGCGUAACCCCCCACCCACCUUUUUAUUUCUUCUACUUUACAUUUUUGGUUCACUUUCUCAACUUGAAAAUGUUGAUUGAAUAAUAUGAACUGGGAAAUAAACGACUUACCUUUAGAGCUAGAUCCUCCUUCCUUCCCCAUUGAAUUGCUGUUAGUGUGAUGAGACUUGAAAUGGGCAUUUAUGAUCGUAUGGCUCCCCCCAAAAAUACAAAAUAUUACCCCCACCCCCAAAAAAAAAAAAACUGUGUGGGGAGAAGAUCUUAAAUAUAUAUAUAUAUAUAUAGAUGGGUUAUCAGUGGGUAUGUGAGCAAUGGCUGUGGAGAUAAUGUAGUUUUAAACAUUGUUAUUACCUUUUAAAAUCAUUUAUCCAAUAAAAAAAGUGAAAAGAUA